CCUCCUUGGCCCCGAAACGGCCUUGUGUAUCUUCCCUCUAGAAGUGAAAAGAUCUAUCUCGCUGUAACCCAUGUGUCCAAAAUCAAAACACACCCCCUAUUCAACGCUUCAGCUCGGGCCAAAUACUACUCGUCUAGUCCGUCUUUUGCCGCCUGAGAAAGAUGAUCCCCAGAUAAAAUGCGAGCUCUUCAACUAUGUUUUACCGGAAAGGAGUGGCAGAAAGCAUCUCUACGAGGCGCUAUCUUAUGUAUGGGGCAGUGAAAGUAAACCAUGUACAAUAUUUCUGAACAGAAUUGCCCUCCCUGUUACGCAGAAUCUUUAUACAGCCUUGUUGCAUCUCCGAGACCCUCAGCUGGAGAGAACUAUAUGGGUUGAUGCAAUAUGUAUUGACCAAGAUGACAACGAUGAGAAGAGCAUACAAAUCCUCCUUAUGCGGGCGAUCUAUGCACAAGCCGAUCGCGUUAUUGUCUGGCUGGGAGAAGCUAUAGAGGACGGUGAUAACGCGCUUAAAACAAUUCACCGCCUUGCAGAAGACCAGAGUCUACAGGAUAAAUAUUUACUAGGUCAGAGCCAGAAGACAAGUAACGAUGCCUGCUUGAAGUUGUUACAGCGGGAAUGGUUCCAACGUAUAUGGGUGCUUCAGGAGGUUGGUGUCGCACGAUGUAUUUCUAUGAUCUGUGGCUCUGUGGAAAUAAAUGGGCAUGUUUUCUGUGAGGGCCUCAGUACCUUGGGGUACUCCCUUAAUUUACCAAGGACUAUCCGUCCAGUCGUUCACCUUAUAAGGGGUGCACUUUCCCGGCCAAGGUAUGAAAUUGUUUCUCGUGGAACACUUGCUAUAGGGGAAUUGCUGGAUAUGUAUCGCAAUCAUCAUGCCACUAUACUGCAUGAUAAAGUUUACGCAUUGCUAGGCUUAAGUGUAGAAGAUGCGGAUAAAACCGAUUUGAAACCAAACUACCGUCUUCAAUGGAAUGACGUCUACAAGAAGAUCGCUAUGCAUAUAUUUCCAGGUGCAUGCUCUGUGGAGACAUGGCUUGAAAUACCGGUCGCUGUGAUUAAAGGAAAGGGAUGGGUUCUAGGUUAUGUUGGUUCUGUUGAAGAGAGAAUUUCCAAGUAUGGCUAUCAACAGAUCAAUAUAAACUAUAAUAAUACUGCUCAUUUGCUAGGUUACAGAAAUAUAUGGGGCACCCAGUGGACACUGCAAGCUUCCGCAGAAUCAAUUCAGGAAGGUAAUAUUAUCUGUCUUUUACAGGGAGCUCCAAGUCCUAUUAUUAUUGAGCUUUGCAACGAUCACUUCACUGUUAUUGUGAGCACGGUAAAACUUCAGCCAGGAGGAAAUAUAAAAAUCCCUGAUAUGGAAUCCAUCAAUGACAUUUAUGUGACCUGGAAAAUAUCCUUAGCUGAUAAGGAAAGCAACAAUGGACCCAGAUAUCAAAGAGAGCUUAUUUCUGUGGCACCAUAUUACCAAGAGAAACCUUCUGAAAAAGUAAAAAGACAGCAUGGCAUAUCACUUAUCGUUGGGGAUAUUAUAAUACAGAUGCUGAAGAUAGAAUAUCCUAAAGACCAAAUAAGAUAUCUACUGCAACGCUGUGGACAGAACCUAUCUAUCUCUGAAGACGUGAUAAUGCAGCAGCUCCGUGAACACUGUGGAGAGAGCCUACCUAUCUCUGAAAAUGUGGUCAAGGCAGCUGCAGCAAAUGAAGGAAUAUGUGGACCUCUGAUCAUGCAGGAGCUCCGCGAACACUGUGGAGAGAGUCUACCUAUCUCUGAAGAUGUGGUCACGGCAGCUGCAGCAAAUAAAAGAAUGUGUGGAUCUGAGAUCAUGCAGCAGCUCCGCAUACACUGUGGAGAGAGCCUACCUAUCUCUGAAGAUGUGAUAGUCAUGGCGGCAGCAGCAAAUGAUGAGUAUGGACCUAAGAUCAUGCAGCAGCUCUGGGAACACUGUGAAGAGAGCCUACCCAUCUAG